AUUGGUCGAGGACAAGAGCGAGCGAGAAAGAUUGACUGAUCGGUAGGUCGUUGAUGAUGACGAAAAUCGGAGAGAAGGAGCAUGAAGGAAGAGUCGAGGAGUAGGCCUAAAGACAUCAGAAGCAUCGACGACGCUCAAGCAGCAAGGAUUGCCAAGCAUCGAAAACCGAAACUGCCUGAGAUUUAUUAGUACUUUAUUUUGAGUGACUUUACGAAGAUGGUUGAUUUUCAGUUGCACAGAGGGCCAAUAGAUUCUGAAACAAAGGCCCUCGCUAUUAAAGAGCUGAGAGAGAACGAUGAGAACGUCAGGAAUGGUAUUGAAAAGCUCAGAAAGCUAUUGGAAGAUGAUAAAACACUAUACUACAGAACUGAUGACGACUUCCUUAUUAUCUUCUUAAGGCCAUGUAAAUACUACGCCGAGAGUGCUCAUGAUCUUAUGAGGCGAGUUGCCGAUUUUAAGCAAAAGAAUGCUUCUCUUUUGGACAACUUGAUGCCAGGUGAUGAGAAGGCUGCCUUCCUUGAAAAUAAUGUUGUUAAUGUUAUGAAAAAUCGCGAUCAUAAGAGACGACGCGUGCUCCUGGUAAAUUCAGGGAAAUCGUGGGACCCAUCACGCGUUAGUGCCGAUCAGAUGUUUCGCAUCUUCUACCUGAUACAUGAAGCUGCAAUCUUAGAACCUGAAACGCAGGUUCAUGGAGUUGUUGUAAUCAUGGACUUUGAUGGUCUCUCUAUGAAACAAGUUUUGGGAUUAACCCCAUCUUUCAGUAUGAGACUUCUUAGCUUCAUACAAGAUGCAAUGCCACUUCGUCUGAAAGAGGUUCACAUUGUAAAAGAGCCGUUCCUUUUUAAUAUGGUUUGGCAAAUGUUCAAACCUUUUGUAAGAGAAAAACUAAAGAAGCGUAUGUUCUUUCACGGGUCAAAGAUGUCAUCGUUGCAUAAACAUUUGGCCCCUUCCCAUUUGCCUAAAAAUUAUGGUGGUGAAUUACCUGAAAUCAAUUACACAGGUGCAGAUUGGUAUCCCACUAUUACUGCGUAUGAAGAUCACAUUAAAGACAUGAAUAGUUAUGGAUUCAGGAACAAUGAAUAGACUGAUUCAACUAUAAUCAUAAUUUUAUAGAGUUAAUGCAUAUUGUUGUUCACAUUUGUUUUUAUAAUGUUAUUGCUCUAACUAAAUUUAUCAAACGUCUUAAUGACGUAAUAUCUGUUUUUUCUUUUUAAUGUAUUCAGGAAAAUUUAAAAUUCUUAUACAAAAAGAGAUCCUUA